CAUAUAUAUGUUUUAUUCGGUGCAUUGAAAAGGUGUCUGCAUUAAUUUUCAAUCAUGACUAACUAUUGCAACAAUAGCAUACAUAGUACAGCCAGAUCUUGAACUUGUCUUAUUUCGUAAUUUAAUUUCAAAUUUUGGAUUUAACCAAGACAGAAGGAAGAACCUUGACGGGCGACCGACGUACUCAUAAGCCUGCAAACCCGGGAGAGUGGAAAGCGCUCUCGAGAGUGUUGCACAUGGAUACUAACAGUACAUAAGCGAUCGAGGAAGGAAGUGAAAGGACUCAUCUACCUCGAAAAGAUUAGGCGAGCAACGUUGCAUUGCAAACCAUCCUCUUCUGUAAAGAUCGCGACGGGGAUUUGUAAGUUUUCGUGAGUGAGACAUUUUAAGGAAUUCACUACAGCCACAAAGAGUUGUUGGCAUACUUCAUCGAAAUGGCAGAACUCUUGAACGUGAAACGGACGUCUGUGGGUGGAGACGGAGGGAGGGAUUCGCAGACUACUGGCAUGGUGAACAGGGGCUUUUCCAACUUUAUGGAUACAGAUAAAGCCUUUGUCGAUGACAAGAAUCCUCAAAAGGCGCAGGAUGCAUUGCAAGGAGAACAGGUUGCUCGUAAGGGCGAGACUAAGAGCAAGAAGAUGCAGUCAGCCAUCCUGUCCGGUCUGCAGUACAAGGUAGACGACAACCCACCCUGGAUCUCCACAAUACUGCUCGGAUUUCAGCAUUACUUGAUGUUGUUAAGCUCCAAUCUAGCCACUCCCGGGCUCAUGGCGUCUAUUAUUUGCGCCGUUAAUAUACCGGAAGCAAUGCACGUGCGAUCUGUGUUGCUUGGAAACAUGAUAUUUGCUUGUGGUGUGUGUACACUCCUGCAGACCUUUUUGGGAGCAAGAUUACCUAUAGUACAGUGUCCAGCAUUUGCGUACAUAGUUCCUAUGCUCGCUCUCGUGAAAAUACCCCGCUGGUCAUGUCCGGCCGCGGCAGAGGAGGGCCUAGUCAACAUCACAGCUAACGGGUCACAGCUAGCGGACGGCGCCGUUUCUAGCGACCAUGUAGAAAGAAUGAACCAGUUGACUGGUUCAAUCAUGGUUGCGGCCCUGCUGGAAAUCCUGAUCGGAGCUUCUGGACUGGUUAGCGUGUUACUGAAGUUUAUCGGACCUCUAACCGUGGCACCGACAAUCAUGCUGAUGGGUCUCUCUGUGGCAGAAACUGGUUUCGACCUCUCGGGGAAGCAUUGGGGCAUCUCUGCAGCAACCAUAAUUUUGAUCAUCCUUUUCUCUGAAAUCAUCCCAAUAUUCGAGUUCAGCAACCCUUUCAGCAAGAACAAGGACCAGAAAAUACAGUUUGUUCUUCAUAAAUUGUUCUCGGUAAUCCUAUCCACGUGCAUCAUGUGGUUUGUUUGUUACAUACUCACCGCUACUGGUGCUCUCCCCGAAGAAGGUCAUUAUGGUUACGAAGCUAGAACCGACAUCCGGUUGGACGUUAUAAAUGAAGUUGCUUGGGUCAGAUUUCCUUAUCCAGGCUACUGGGGAACGCCUACGUUCAACUCUGGCUUCUUUAUAGCUAUGAUUGCGGGUGUUGUCACCUCCGUCAUAGAGAGUAUUGGAGAUUACUACACAUGCGCUAGAUUGGCCGGCGCUCUACCCCCACCGACACACGCCGUUAACAGAGGUAUAUUUGUGGAAGGAAUUGACUGCAUCAUUUCAUCAGCCGUGGGUGCUGGAUUUGGAGUGACAUCAUGUAGCCAAAAUAUUGGCGUCAUCAGCUUAACGAAGGUGGGCAGUCGGCGUGUUGUAUUGAUGGGGGGAUUCAUCAUGGCGCUCUUCGGCUGUCUGGGUAAAUUCUCGGCGGUGGUCGUCUCCAUGCCCGACCCCAUCAUCGGCGCUUCCUUCCUCGUUCUCUUCGGCGUACUUGCCGCAGUCGGGGCCUCCAAUCUUCAGUAUGUGGAUCUGAAUUCCUCGCGGAAUCUCGUCGUGUUCGGUAUAUCUCUCUUCCUGGGUCUCUCCUUCCCUAAUUGGGUCACCGCCAACGAACAGCUCAUUAGAACAGGUAAUGAGAACUUGGACCAGGUGAUCCAGGCGCUGCUCGCCAACAACAUGUUCAUGGGUUGCUUCAGCGCCCUCGUCCUCGACAACGUCAUACCCGGUACUGACGAAGAACGUGGUAUUAUCAUCUGGCGGGAAGUACCCGAGGACACGGACGAAGACAGCGACGACAACCAGGACAACAAUCUCACGAUGAAGACGUAUGAUCUCCCCUUCGGUAUGAAUCUCAUAAGAAGCCUCCGCUGGGGAAAGUACGUACCAUUCUUCCCCACCUUCGAGGGAUUUAAUGAUCUCCGAUGUUGCCCCUGCAAGAAGGAUCAGCCCGAUCUGGAUGAAGUCGAUGUCGUCGUUAAAAACAAUCCAUAAAUGGGCU